CUCAAAUUUAAGCACCAAAUCAUAGAUCCUCACAACAUCUUAGCCAACAACUGGACCAUCAAUACUCCUGUUUGCAAUUGGGUUGGUGUCUCUUGCGCAUCUAAGCAUAGGAGAGUCAACACUUUGAAUCUUACCAACAUGAAUCUUACAGGAACUGUCCCUCCACAAUUGGGAAAUCUCUCGUUUUUAGUAUCUCUUGAUUUGAGUCACAACAAUUUCCAGGGCCAUUUGCCGAGAGAGUUGGGGCAAUUAAGUCGUCUGAAACUCAUCGAAUUAAGUUCCAAUUUUCUUAGUGGGGAAAUUCCUUCAUGGUUUGGGAGAUUAAAUAAAGUUUUAUACUUGAGUCUCCAGAACAAUAAUUUGACAGGUACAAUCCCUCAAUCACUAGCUAAAAUGUCCAACUUGGAGAUCUUGGAUUUGAAGUACAAUCUCGUUCAAGGACACAUUCCACCCGAGAUAAGUGAUCUUCGAAAUCUAAAGAUACUUCGUCUGGCAUUUAAUCAACUUUCUGGCUCUGUACCUUCAGCUAUUUAUAACAUUUCCUCCCUGCAUAUGAUUUCUCUUGCAUUCAAUAGUCUAUCUGGUAGCUUACCAGAAGAUAUAUGUCGCCAUUUUCCCAAUCUUGAGGCACUUUACUUGACCUCAAAUGAGUUUUUUGGUCAAAUUCCAUCUAGUAUAGAUGAAUGCAGGUGUCUUCAAAAUUUGUCAUUAAGUAUCAAUAGAUUCAGUGGCAACAUUCCAAGGAGUAUUGGAAAUUUAACGAGGCUCAGAAUGCUAUACUUGGGUGGAAAUAAUUUGGAAGGUGAGAUCCCUUCUGAAAUUGGAAAUCUUUUGAGCUUGGAGAUAUUUGCUGCCCAAAAUAUGAGCCUUGUUGGUCCAAUGCCAGCUUCCAUCCUGAACCUUUCUUCCUUGAAAGAAAUUUAUCUCUAUAACAAUAGUAUCUCUGACAGUAUUCCCUCAAAUAUUGGUGUUUGUAGCAAUCUUCAAAAGUUAUAAUUAUCUUUUAAUCGGUUCAAUGGAUUCAUUCCAAGAAGUAUAGGAAAUUUAACCAAACUUGAGGAGAUAUAUCUAGGUGAUAAUGAUGUAGAAGGUAAGCUUUUGCAUUUGAUUAUUUAGAUUUCAAUUGAUUGAUAUUUAUUACUAUUUAUAUUAGAAAAAGAA